AUGCCCAGGGAACAAGUCUACGCUCUCCGACCCUUCGGAUGGGAAAAUGAUCCAGAGGAGGAGCGAUUCAAGCUCUCCACGCUGGACUACCUGACGGGUUGCACCUACACCAAUUUCUUCCUCUUCUUCCGCCUGCGCGACGACGAGAAGCAGCACGCCAUCGAGGUCCUUCGCCUCGGUUUGGAGCGCACGCUGAGCCAGACGCGUCCGCUAUGUGGCAUCAUCGAGAGGGAUCCCCAGGGAGGCCACUCAUUCGUCAAGAAACGCGACAGCACCGUCAAGUUUGUCGUGCAGUGGCUCGACGGCGCGGAAGACGCAGACAAGUAUCCUUCCAUUGACGACCUGGCAAAGGGCCACUUCAGGGGCACGCAGCUCGGCGACUUUGACACCUGGACCGUCUCGCCCAUGACCUACGGCGAGAAGCCCGAGGCGCACCCGGACAGCAAGCCCGUCGUGGCGGCCUUCAAGGCCAACUUUGUGAGGGGCGGGCUCGUCUUGGUCAUGCACCACCACCACUAUGCCAACGACAUCAUGGGCUGGGCCGGCGAGGCCUUCCAGGUGGCUGAGAACUGCUACGCCGUCCGCCACGGCACCGAGUUCCCGCCCUGGGACGUGAAGGCCUGCCUGGACCUCUCGCGCCUGACCAAGCGGGACCCGGCGGAGGGCGACAAGGUCGACGGCCCGCCGCCGCAGGUCCGGCACCCGGAGCACACGGGCGCGCAGAGCCUGCUGUUCCACUGCCCGCGGAGCAAGGCCGCCGCGCUCAAGGACCUCGCCCGACCGCAGGACGGGUCCUGGGUCUCGACGUACGACGCCUUCGUCGCCUUCGUCUGGCGCGCCAUCACCCGCAUCCGCGCGCCCGCGUUCGCGCCGGAUCCGGGCGCGCGCCUGUUCUGGGGCGAGGCCGUCGACCUGCGGCGCCGGCUGCACUCGCCGCCGGUGCACCCGCGCCUGCAGGGCAACGUCAUGUACGCCGCGCUGUCGAGCAUGUCCGCCGUGCCGCAGCCCACCGUCUGCGAGCUGGUGUCGGGCUGGCCGCUCUGGCAGAUCGCGCGGUACGUGCGCCGCAUGACCGACUCGGUGAGCCAGGAGGACCUGGACGCGCAGCUCGAGAUGGUGGCGCUGGUGCGGGACAAGGCGGCGCUGAGCGUCAAGGUCAGCGCACACCCGCCCCUGAGUCUGGCGGUUACCGACCACAGGGACAUCAGCGCGGUUCUGGACGCGGAUUUCGGGUUUGGGAGGCCGGUUGCGUAUCGGCAUCCGAUUGUGUUUGUGACGGAGGGAUGCAUGUUUGUCUAUCCGCGGCGGAAGGGCCCGGAAGGGGAAUAUAGGGACGACGACGGGUUCGAGUUUACGAUGGCGUUUGAGAAGAGGCUUGCUGGGGAUCUGCUGAGGGAUGAGGAGUGGAAUAGGUGGUUUGAGUUCUUGGGGGUUGAUGUUGAUUAUAAGGAGGAUGAGUGA